AUGGCGCUCUCGCGCUUCGUGCUACCGCUAAGGAACCCGCUUUCGUUUUGCAGGUCAGACGCUGCAGCGGAACGGUACAUUGCCUUCGUCAAUGGUGCUCUCGCGCUUCGUGCUACCGCCGCCAAGGAGCCCGCUUUCGUUGAGGACCUGGCCAUCUCGUUCGACAUAUCUGAACAAGAAACAGGACAGCUAGUGCCCCUAUCCGUGGAAGCCGCACAGGGAUGGAUCCGUUACGCUGUGCAGCACGCGGUGAAAUCUUUCAUCUUGAAACUGAUGCUGCCAUGGCAGUGGCGGUUCGACCUGGAUCGCGAUGACAACGACAUCGAGCAUCCUGUGAUGACCCUUGACGAGAUGGAUAAUCACUAUGCAAAGAUGGAGACCAUGCAUUUGAGAUUGGGUGGGGCAGAACUUCGACUGCCUUCUUCCACAGUGGUCUUCCCGUCCCUUAUAGAUCUUUCACUCCAAGACAUAGAGGUCCCAGCCGGUGGUGGCUACCUCCUUUCCCGCCUCAUGUCGUCGGCGUGCUGUCCACGCCUGCACAAGCUUCGGCUUCGGCAAUUGAGUUUUGAGCUCUCUACGAUGGAAGUGAUGUUGCUUAUUGAGGCUAACACACUUUUGGAGCUGUCGCUAGAGUCAAUGUUUGAGCUGCAAUUCUUGGAACUCAGGACGCCUAGUCUCCAAGUUCUACAUAUUGAGGACUCCUUCGAUCUCAAUGGGUUCACAGUCUCAGCUCCAAGGUUGGAGAAUCUUAGGUUCUGUGUACAACAGCCUUUGCAUAUUGAUGACGUUCAUGGUCAAUUGUCAAGUGUGGGAACUCUGAAGAUUCAAAUGUUCUCACAUGGAGAAACCGACAAUGAGGAUAGAAACGAUGCUAGCAUUCAUCUCCUGCAAUGCUGUAGGUUAACUAGAUGCCUUUGUCUUUUGAAAUUCCAAAGCAAUAUUAAAUAUCUCAGGCUACAGCUAUGCUACAUCAUUAAAAAGAAGAACCAAUCAGAAUUGGAUCUCUUAUGUGAUAAUAACUCAUGCCAUUGGAGAUCCCAUGAGUUUUCUCUAGAUCAUCUCGAGAAAGUAGAGUUCAAGGAAUUGAUGGGAACUGAUUGCGAAUUCCAGUUCAUUCAAUCCAUACUGACAAAGGCAACGGGAAUUCGGAAGGUGGGCGGGCCGGGUGCCAUACGCCGGAGCUGGCGGUUACGGCCCGUCGCUGCCAUACCGGUGCCUGACAUAGGUUAG